CGUUUAUAUUAUUUUUUGUUAAGAUAACAACAUUUCGUUAAAUAUACUUUAAUGUUACUUGGUAACGAAUUUAGAUCCCUUUUAAUAUAGUGUCCGUACAACCGUGUUACAUGUGAGCCAUAUAGCUGUUGAACGGUUUUUGUCUGUUCAUUAUAUUUCUUAUAUGUUUAAAACUUGGAAGUCUGUGUUUUGUAUCAUGUCUCCGCAUUCAUGAUGAAAGUAUUCGGACUGUGUGUCUGCCAAUUUUACAUGGAUUGCAUCAGCUCAUUGAAUGUGUGACCAAUGUGUAGACCAUCUGUAUGAUAUGAAAUAUGGCUCACUUUACAUCUGUUCAUUUUCGUUGUCAAGGGAAUCUUGACUUUGGUCGACGUCUUGCUGUUGUUGGCGACCAUCCUUCGCUCGGCAACUGGGAUAUUAACGCAUGUCAUGAAUUGCAACGUAUUAGCACUGUAGAUGAUGUGUGGACUUCUCGCACGCCUGCUAGUCUUCCUUUGAAGGAGCGCCGUGAGUACCGUUAUGUUGUGUUGAAUGACUUGGGUGGUUUUGUACAAUGGCACGAGGAUUCCAUUCGUCACGUUGAGCCAACUGGUCAAAACAUGAUUGUAGAGGAUGAUUACGGCUACUACCGUGAACAAUACACUGCGAAAUCUGACGCCGGUGUACCACCUUUGCAUCCCAUUGGGCCGGAAAAUGCUCCCAGCGGUACAGAUUCUCUUUGUGCAAUUCAAAAGUUGCACGGGUUAGAUGUUGAUCCCAAUGCUACUGUAUACUUUGUGUCUUCUAGGUUACCUAUUCAAGUUUAUCGAGGUGCUGAUGGUGUAUUUGCCAUUCGUGAGUCCAAUACCCCGUUGACUACUACGCUGUGGAAGAUAAGGAAACGCUGUAGAAAUAAGAUGCGUUUUGUCGGUUCAUGUUUGAUAGAGACUGAUUGUGAUUCAAGCUCCAAUGAUGUUAGCGGCGAAUCAUCUGGUGGCAAUUUCAGCGAAUCGGAGAAGGAUGAGUUGCGUAUUUUGUUACUUGAGCAUGACUGCAUUCCUGUGUUCAUUCCAAUAGACAUCUUAUCUGGUGCUUUACGUUUUUGUAAGGAGCACCUGUGGAAUUUGUUUUAUAAUAUCGGUUUAUGGAAUGUGGAUGAGCAGCGUGAGUUCAGUUGGGAGCUUUGGAAUGCCUAUGUCGGAAUGAAUCAGCAUUAUGCUGAUCUUGCUGCAACUCAUGGUUCUGAGGAUGAUUUUUUCUGGGUACAUGAUUAUAAAUUGUUAAUGGUACCUCAUUUUAUAACUCGGCGUAUGAAACGUGCCAAUAUUGGUGUUUUUAUGCACGCCAUGUUUCCAUCAUCCAAUUUAUUUUUGUGCUCAGCUGUUCGUGAGGCUAUAUUACGAAGUAUGUUAUGUGCUGAUUUGAUAGGUUUUCAAUUUUUCGAUUACGCACGUCACUUUUUGACAUGCUGCAAGCGUCUUCUUGGUCUUGAUCAUAGUUCUAGGGUUGGCGGAAUGCUUGGUAUUGAGUACAAUGGUCGUGAUGUUAUGAUUUUGUUAUCCCACAGUCACAUACAACCUGACUUGCUUGAGUUUAUGUUAGAUGAGCAAAGCGUGCAAGAACUCGUCAGUUCGUUCCGUGCUGAAUGGCAAGAUCGUUUUGUCAUUGCUUCUGUAGAUCGUGACAUUCGUCUAGCCGGUUUGUUUUUGAAGUUUAAAGCUUUUAGAAAGUAUUUGGAGAGUUAUCCUGUAUCCCGUGGUAAGGUUCUGUUGGUUCAAUAUGUAUGUGCAACGGACACUCUUUGGGAAUGUCGUCGCGAGGAGGUUGUGAAAUUGCUAGCCAUUGUUGAUGAGAUCAACUCUGCAUAUGGCAUAACUCAUGUUGUUUUAGAGUUUAACGUCUGUCCAGAACGGCGUUUUGUGUUAUUUGCUGUUGCUGAUUGCCUUUUAGACACAUCAAUUCGCGGUGGUAUUAACAUGCGAGCUUUAGAGUACAUCUACUGCCGUCGCGGUAGAUCUGGUUCUGUGAUUUUGAGUGAAUUUGUUGGGUUUAGUAAGAUGUUAUUGUCAGCUAUUCGUGUCAAUCCUUGGCAUAUUGAGAGUGUGGUUGAGGCUUUGGACAGGGCGAUGUGCUAUAGCUCUGAGGAACGUGCGGAGGUUGCUCUUCACGAUUUUGAAUAUGUAAUGAGCAGCGAUACCGUUGCAUGGGUUGAUCAUUUUGUUCGUGAGAUGCAUUUUGCACGUAAGCGACCGGAUAUGCUUCACUUAACUUGGGGGUUUGGCAACAACUACAAGACAUAUUCUGUUCCAAGCACGUUUCAGCUGUUAGAUAAAGAUUUAGUAUUGCAACGUUACCACAGUUCGGUUCGCCGUUUGAUUAUGAUUGAUUGUGAGGGUACAAUGUGUCCUAGUUUAUGGGAUAUACCUCCUCGUUCUCCUCAGGAUUGCGAGCAGCGGAUUCGUUUCCACCUAUCUCCUAUGGAAUCUAAUGUAGACAACAUUCGUAUUUUAUCUUCUAACCCGCUCAAUAUAGUUGUUGCUAUAAGUGGGCGGAACAGGGACUGCUUGGAGACUUGGUUUCCCGAUUUACCUAACCUGGGUUUAUGUGCAGGGUAUGGCUACUUUUAUAAGAUUCCAUUCCUUACUGGCGGGAAGUGGAAUUGCAUGGUCGAAAAUGUUGACGACAGAUGGAAAGUAAUAGCUCUUCAGAUAAUGGAGCAGUAUGCUCAUCGCACUCCUGGCAGUUACAUUGAGAAUAUGGACGUCAUGGUGGUUUUCCAAUACCAUCAUUCUGAUCCCGAAUUUAGUGCUACACAAUCUGUAGAAUUGUUGACAGUUUUGAAGCAGGUGAUGGCACCUUAUCCUGUGGAUGUCCAACGUACUAAAUGGAACGUUCACGUUUGUCUUCGCGGGGUUAACAAGGGUGCUACUUUAUUAAAUAUCGCAGAAAACUAUUGUCGCAUAUAUGGCGAUUUUGACUUUAUUCUUUGUGUAGGUGAUCAUCGUUCAGAUGAAGAGAUGUUCAAGGCACUUGAGACCUUGGAGCAUCGUGUUCACGGUGCUGCUACAAACAUUGAAAAUGCCCGUCGUAAUUCGGGUUACAUUUCGGUUACGGUUGGAAUGAAACCGACUAAGGCGAUGUAUUAUGUGAAUGAUUACACUGAGGUGACAGAUUUAUUAUCUGCUUUGGCUACUUUUGAUAAUAAUGUUUAAAUAGCUUUGUAGUUUCCUUCUGAUACUUUUGUUUAUCUA